AUGAACAAAACCCAAUAUUCGGCCCGUUGCAGAACCUGCUACAACUGGCAUCACCUCAGCAAUUGCUUAACAAACAUCAACGGUCAUUACUAUUGUAAUAACUGUCCUCACCCGUCCUCAAACUCAAGCGGCACGUCGGCGUCUGCUGGCGCCUCACGGCGGCCAACUUCAACAUCAUCAUUCAACAGCUCAGCCCGCAACAAACUAUCAACAUCACAAGCACCCUUCAGAUCAGAGUCCAAACUAAUAAAAGGCUCCAAAAAUCCGGUUUUCAAAGAAUACGCUAUUUACCGCAAAGACCGAGGAAUAGGUCGAGGAGGUGGUCUCAUACUACUCAUUCACAACAGCAUUCCCUACAGCAUCAAGUCAUUACCAGAUGUUUCAACAAUUGAGAGUCAGGCCAUCAAAAUCAACGCUAGCGACACAGAUAUCAACAUUAUCAACAUUUACAUCGCCCCACAAUCCACCUGCCCAGCAGGAGAUAUCAAUGCACACGACCCACUGUGGAAUUCAAGUCUAGAGGACACACGAGGAGAAACCCUAGCCAGUGAAAUCGAAAAUUCUGGCUGCGGCACAACCCCAACGCGUCUCCCAGCAUCCGGCCAGCCUUCAUCUCCAGAUAUAUCUGUCGCCUCUGAUACGUUGACCAUCAACAUGGAAUGA